GUCAAUUAUUCACUAGAAACUCAGAAAGACGGAUGGACAAACGGACAGACAGACGGGCAGACAAAAUGGAUUAACGGACUGGCAGACAAAGUCCAUGAACAUAACAGCCAAGCGGACAGUCUUGUUUACAACAUUCUGGAACUGAUUUAAUAUCUUGCAAUCACAAUAAAAGAGAGUUCCUAUAGAAGCACAGGAACAAACAUUGGAUGGUAAUUACACAGUACAUAAAAGCAUAAUCAAGCACCAUGCAUAAAUGUGCUGAGCAAACAUCCAUCUUAUCAACUAGAUACUAUAUGAUCAGCUAAGAUGAAACUUUGAUCACAUGCUGCUGGCACAGGGAAGGGAAAUGUGCUCAGGUGUAAUGGGAAGAGGAGGGGCUUUAGGGCUUUAACCGUAUAGCAACAGCCUGCAUACCCAAGGAUCGGAGUAAAGUGACAGACUCAGCUCUGUGUCGUACCCACUAUGUUGUGGACAGUGAGUCUCUGCCUCCUGUUGGCCGCGUCCUCUUCAGGUGUACCGCUGGAUAGAUACAGCACCAAAGGCCAGCAUAAAGUACUGCUCGUCUCCUUCGAUGGCUUCAGGUGGGACUACGACCGCGAUGUGGACACGCCGAAUCUGGACACAAUGGCCAAAGACGGGGUCAAGGCCAGAUAUGUGACCCCACCUUACCUCACCAUCACCAGUCCCACACAUUUCACCCUCCUAACAGGGCGCUACAUUGAAAACCAUGGGGUGAUCCACAACAUGUGGUUCAACAUCACCACCAGUGAGAAACUGCCUUACUAUGCUACCCAGUUUAAGAAUGAGUGGUGGGACAACGGCACUCUACCCAUCUGGAUCACAGCCCAGAGACAGGGUCUGAGGGCUGGCUCUCUUCACUUUCCUGGCACGCAAUCCACCUACCAGGGAGAGACGCAAACAGUGAAGGAAGUGGAACCACGGUUUUAUGACUACAAAAACGAGACAAAAUGGCAAGAGAACGUAGAGAAGGUGAUGGGCACCUGGUUCAGUGAGAUGGACCUGGACUUUGUGUCACUGUAUUUUGGGGAGCCUGAUGGCACAGGCCACAAAUACGGGCCUGAUUCCCCUGAGCGGAGGGAGAUGGUCAAGCAGGUGGACAGAACAGUGGGCUACAUCCGCAGCUUGGCUGAACAAAACGGACUUGCUGAUAGUCUCAACAUCAUCAUCACCGCUGACCAUGGGAUGAGCAAUGUGUACCGCAACGGCUUGGUGAAGGAGAUCACCCUUUCCAGGAUCCCCGGAUUCUCCUUCAGAGAUAUAGCCUUUCACCUGGUGGACUUUGGGCCCUCUGGGAUGCUGCUUCCCAAGAAGGGCAUGCUGGAUAAGGUCUACAACGCCCUGAAGGGGGCGCACCCUCACCUUCAUGUCUUCAAGAAGGAGGAGAUGCCCAAGCGCCUUCACUUUGCUAAUAACAACCGCAUCCUACCCAUCAUUCUCUUCUCUGACCCUGGAUAUGUCAUUAACGGGUUCCUCCCAGUGCAGUUCAACGCGGGGGAGCAUGGCUUUGACAACGAAGAAAUGGACAUGAAGCCCUUCUUCAGGGCUGUGGGGCCGGCAUUCCAAAAGAACCUGGAGGUGGGCCCCUUUGAGACAGUGAACAUAUAUCCCUUGAUGUGUCACAUACUGGGCAUCAAGCCUGAUCCCAAUGAUGGCCACCUGGAUGCCACAAAACACAUGCUGGUCUCUGCCACAGAGGACCUCCGUCAGGACAUAAAAUCAAAUAUCUUUGUUGGAUUGGCAGCAGUGGCUGGGUUUCUUGUUGUGGUCUUCAUAGCGGUUGUGUCGUUUAAUGCAUUCAAGAAGGAGAAUAAUGAUAGAAGCUCUGAGAAGUCAGUGCUUCCAGGGGGAAAGGAAGUGACUCAGACUGCCCUUUAAACUGCACCCCAAGUGAACUCUGAAAUGGAUAAACAAAGGGACGUCACUACUUUUGAUAUUUUGGACAUACUCCCUAAAAACCACCUUAUCACAGACUAGCAUCCCCUCCAUGUUGAGACUGAUACCCUGCAGACUGAUCGGAGAGGUUUUUUCCUUGCGAAUGUAAGCCCCUACAGUCACCAUGCCACCUGGGACAACUUAUGCUUUAGACAUUUUCUAAAAGGAUGUAUUCUCUAAACAAUGAUUGGUGCCAUGAUACACUGAUGAGAUCAGUAGACUACAGCUACAGUAAAAGAACACAUUAUCUGAAACUAAGUCACUGGACAAAACCAGUUCAAAAAGUGACAAAUUGUAUACUCUGACAUCAGUGCAGACAUGCAUUAUAUGAAAGUUGGAAAUCAGAAAUGGAUUUAUAAUUAAACAAGUAAUAUUUUUCAAAAUCCUGUCAACUAACAAAAUAAUUGUUUGUGGUUUUGUUCUGGAUGGCAGUGAGUGAGUGCAGUGAACCUAUAGGUUUCUGUAUAAAUAAGUUAUAUAAAUAAAGGAAUGGAAAUUCCUUUCAAGAGUCUGAAU